UUUAUUUAAAAAAAAGUAGUGAUGACUCACGAGUCGCUGCGAGUAGCAGUAGAAAAUGGUGGACGUGACGGAGUUGUUGCUGCCUCUAUGGGCAACUUUGAUUACUUUCGUGAAAAGCGAAUUAUCUGCGGAAGAAUGUUUACAGUUGGGGUUCCAUCGAGCAGAUCUCUUGUGCACGUCUUGUGAUUUACUACCUAAAUUUAACUUAGAUGUUAUUAAAACUAAUUGUGAUUUAUGUUGUCAACAAAGUGGUUCCAAACAACCUAUAAAAAAAUAUCCUUUGGCUAGACUCGAGGUAUGCGGAUGAAAAAUUGGACAUUACCCUCAGAUCCAGGCGUUUGUAAAAAGUGAUCGCCCAGAUCAAUUCCCCGGACUGACAAUACAGUAUGUCAGGGGAGCAGAUCCAGUCAUAAAGAUGAUGGACGACGAGGGUAAUGUUCAGGAGGAACUAAGCAUCCAGAAAUGGGACACGGAUACCGUGGAAGAGUUUUUGAGAGAACACUUGGAAUAAAACUUGAUUUUUUUUAACACAAAAUCGACACUUUCAAUGACUUCGCCAAACAAGUGAAGGCUCGAUAAUAAACUCAUAAACGAGAACGUCGAAGCCGGAUGUACGUUUGAGUGUAGGAAUGAAGUGUAACGAUUAAUAAAUUACAUACUUUUUGAUACA